AUGGGAAAGAUCGGAACAUCUUCACCUUCUGUCUCCAAGGAGGUGGCUGAAGUGCAGCGUCUGAUCGAAAAAUCCGGCCUGACGUUCCAUAUGCACUCUGCUGGAACUACUAUCGAGGGCCCCUGGGACAAAGUGCUGACGGUGAUUGGUCAGGCCCAUACGGUGCUGCAUGAGAAGGGCUUGGUGAGAGUUCAUUCUGAUAUCCGUGUUGGUUCAAGAAUUGAUAAAAAGGAAACUAUGGAGAGCAAAGUCGCUUCAGUUCAGCAGAUACUUACGAAGAACAAAUAA